GCGCGCGGCCGCAGGCUGGGAGCUGGCGCGAGGGCGGUGGCUGGGACCUUGUGCACGCGGAGCAGCCAGGACCUGAGCGAUGCUGAGGGUGCGGUGUCUGCGCGGCGGCAGCCGAGGUGCCGAGGCGGUGCACUACAUCGGUUCUCGGCUUGGAGGAUCCUUGACAGGAUGGGUGCAGCGAACUUUCCAGAGCACCCAGGCAGCUACAGCUUCCUCCCGGAAUUCCUUUGUGGCUGAAGACAAGGCCACCGAUCCUCUGCCCAAGAACUGCCCUGUCUCCUCUUACAACGAAUGGGACCCUUUAGAGGAAGUGAUAGUGGGCAGAGCAGAAAAUGCCUGUGUCCCACCAUUCACGGUGGAGGUGAAGGCUAACACCUAUGAAAAGUACUGGCCAUUUUACCAGAAAAAUGGAGGUCUUUAUUUUCCCAAAGAUCAUUUGAAAAAGGCUGUGGCUGAAGUUGAAGAAAUGUGCAAUAUUUUAAAAAUGGAAGGCGUGACGGUGAAGCGACCUGACCCCAUUGACUGGUCACUGAAGUAUAAGACUCCUGAUUUUGAGUCUACAGGUUUAUACAGUGCGAUGCCCCGAGACAUCCUGAUGGUUGUGGGAAAUGAGAUUAUUGAGGCUCCCAUGGCAUGGCGCUCACGCUUCUUUGAGUACCGAGCAUACAGGUCACUUAUCAAAGACUACUUCCACCGUGGCGCCAAGUGGACAACGGCACCCAAGCCCACCAUGGCUGAUGAACUGUACGACAAGGAUUAUCCCAUCCAUUCUGUGGAAGACAGACACAAAUUGGCCUCUCAGGGAAAGUUUGUGACGACUGAGUUCGAGCCGUGCUUUGACGCUGCUGACUUCAUUCGAGCUGGAAGAGAUAUUUUUGCACAGAGAAGCCAGGUUACAAACUACCUGGGCAUCGAGUGGAUGCGUAGGCAUCUUGCUCCAGACUACAGAGUACAUACCAUCUCUUUCAAGGACCCCAACCCAAUGCAUAUUGACGCCACCUUCAACAUCAUUGGACCUGGUCUUGUGCUCUCCAACCCUGACAGACCAUGUCAUCAGAUUGAUCUUUUCAAGAAAGCGGGAUGGACCAUCGUUACUCCUCCAACCCCAGUCAUCCCUGAUGAUCAUCCCCUCUGGAUGUCAUCCAAAUGGCUUUCCAUGAACGUCUUAAUGCUAGAUGAGAAGCGUGUUAUGGUAGAUGCCAAUGAAGUCCCAAUUCAAAAGAUGUUUGAGAAGCUGGGUAUCAGUACCAUCAAGGUUAACAUUCGAAACGCCAAUUCCCUGGGGGGAGGCUUCCACUGCUGGACCUGUGACGUCCGGCGCCGAGGCACCCUUCAGUCCUACUUCGACUGAGCAGGCCUGGCCUCAGAUAUGCCUAAGAAGUGCAGCAGCAAGGCCCAUUCUCUCGCUUUAAUACAUGCAUGAACUGUAGUGCUUUGAACAAUCACGUCUUUAACAGGGGUCCCAGGCCUGGGUUACUUUUCUUUGUCAUAAGGAAGAUGACUCUUAGUAGGUUUUACUUUCUUCUCCUACAGUUCUUUACUGUUUGGCUUCAAGUAUAAAAGCUGAGUAAAUGUAUCCCAAGGCAAAAAUUAGUCACUUGAGUAACUUGGCCGCUAAUAUUUAACCAUCUACCUCUGUUUUUAAUUUUCUUUCCAAAAGGCAGCUUGAAAUGUUGGUCUUAAUGUUAUUUUCCCCCCUUUUUGGUGAACUUGUGAAUGUUGGUAUCAGUUUGUUGUUUUUUUUUUUUUUUUUUCUAAACGGGACAAAGACUUAGGGGAAAAAAUUACCCACAGAUCCUAAG